UCAUUCUUGAAAAACACAAAUGGCAAUCACAAAGAUUCAUGCUCGUCAAGUCUACGACUCUCGUGGUAAUCCCACUGUCGAAGUCGAUGUAACCACUGAAAAAGGCACGUUUACUGCUGCUGUUCCUUCUGGUGCUUCCACUGGCAUUCAUGAGGCUUUAGAGCUGCGAGAUAAUGACAAGGCCAGCUAUCAUGGAAAAUCUGUUUUCAAAGCCAUUGCCAAUGUCAAUGAUAUCAUUGCUCCAGCCUUGAUGAAAGCCAACAUUGACGUUCAGCAUCAAGAAGCUGUCGAUCAACUCCUCCUUACUCUUGAUGGCACUGAAAACAAGUCAAAACUUGGUGCCAAUGCCAUCCUCGGUGUCUCUCUUGCUGUUGCUCGUGCUGGAGCUGCUGCAAAGGGUGUUCCUCUGUUCAUGCACUUGGCUGAUCUGGCCGGAAAUACCGAUCCCUUCAUUCUUCCCGUCCCUUGCUUCAACGUCAUCAAUGGUGGUUCUCAUGCUGGAAACAAGCUUGCAAUGCAAGAAUUCAUGAUUUUACCUACUGGUGCCAAGUCUUUCACCGAAGCCAUGAAAAUGGGAUCCGAGGUUUACCAUCACCUCAAGGCUGUCAUCAAGAAAAAGUAUGGCCAGGAUGCCACCAAUGUUGGUGAUGAAGGUGGUUUUGCUCCCAAUAUCCAGGAUAACAAGGAAGGUCUUGAACUUCUCAAGGUUGCUAUUGAAGCUGCUGGCUACACUGGCCGUAUCAAAAUUGCCAUGGACGUUGCUGCCUCGGAGUUUUACAAGGAUGGCAAGUAUGAUCUUGAUUUCAAGAAUCCCUCUUCGGAUGCAUCCCAGCAUCUUUCUGGUGCCCAGCUUGCUGACCUGUACCGAUCCUUUGUCAAGGAUUAUCCCAUUGUCUCCAUUGAGGAUCCCUUUGAUCAGGAUGACUGGGAAGCCUAUCACAAGCUUACUCAGAGCGUGACCAUCCAGAUUGUCGGUGACGAUCUGACUGUCACCAACCCUAAACGUAUCCAUACUGCCAUUGAAAAGAAGGCUUGCAACGGUCUUUUGCUCAAGGUCAACCAAAUUGGAACUGUUACCGAGAGUAUCAAUGCUGCCAAACUUGCUCAGGCAGAUGGUUGGGGUGUUAUGGUUUCCCACCGCUCAGGCGAAACCGAGGACACUUUUAUCGCCGAUCUGGUUGUCGGUCUCAAGACUGGCCAAAUCAAAACUGGUGCUCCGUGCCGCUCUGAGCGUCUUGCCAAGUAUAACCAGCUUCUUCGUAUUGAGGAAAUGCUUGGUCCCAAGGCUCGAUAUGCCGGUGACCACUUUCGCCGCCCACAAUAAAUAAAAAGAGAUAUACGCUGCAGCAGAGUGCAACAAGCUUGCUUUGCUUCCACUUUGCAAUAUUUCUCUUUUUAAGCAUCUCAAUAGCUUGAUUGAUUCUAAAUGAAUGUCAAGCUUAAUUUGUCCAUAUA